CAGUCCACAUCAGAUUAUUGGUGACAUUUUAAUUGGCUUCACUAAUUGUGGUUACACCCGCCCCUCCGCUGAACAGAUUUAGAAAGCCUGUUGCCCUUAGUGCAGGUGACUAAUUUCUUGCAUUGCAUUGGGUAGAGUCAACCCAAUCUUAUUCGUAAUUUAUUUUAGUGUUGUUGUGGAUUGUAUUGUGAAAAAUCGGUGAUUGUUACUUGAACUAUUGAGCUUGGCUAAUAGCUUAUCAAAAUUGGAGUCCGGAUAACAAGAUGAUGCGAAUUCCGGGUGGGUGGUGUUAGCUAAAAAAAAAUGUUGCAGAAUGCUUUUAACCGAGGGCCCGAGCUUCUGGAGACCACAGACUCUGACAACAAGCCGGGCCGACCAGAGACGACAGCGGAGCAGCAGGAAAACUCCUUGGUGGUCGACAUUUCGGACGCAUUAAGCGAGAGGGAUAAAGUCAAGUUCACCGUCCACACUAAGACAACACUUCCAGAAUUUGAGAAGCAGGAAUUUUCGGUCGUGCGACAACAUGAAGAGUUUGUCUGGCUUCAUGAUAGGUUUGAAGAGAAUGAGGAAUACGCUGGAUUCAUCAUUCCUCCUGCACCACCACGACCUGAUUUUGAUGCCUCACGAGAAAAAUUGCAAAAACUUGGAGAAGGCGAAGGCACAAUGACCAAGGAAGAGUUUACCAAGAUGAAACAAGAAUUAGAAGCAGAGUAUCUGGCAACAUUUAAGAAGACUGUCGCAAUGCACGAAGUAUUUCUUUGUCGACUGGCUAACCAUCCUGUGUUUAGGAACGACCAUAAUUUCCAAGUGUUUCUAAAUUACGAUGGAGAGUUGAGCGUGCGAGGAAAGAACAAGAAAGAAAUGUUCGGAGGACUAAUUAAACACUUUGGACAGACAACUGACGAAUUUCUUCUUUCCGCGACUCAGAAGGAUGUUGACGAGUUUUUCGACGCGGAGAGAAUUUUCUUAAUGGACUAUCAUGCUCAUUUAAAGGAUGCAACUGCAAAGUCGGACAGGAUGAUUAAGGCUCACAAAAACGUCUCAGACUCAUACAUUAAAAUAUCAUCCGAGUUGAUUCAGCUCGCUACCAUUGACACUAAUGAACUUGAAAAGUUUCUUGCAAAAGUUGCCGAUGCACUAGAGAAAGCCAGGAAAGUUGAGAAUCGAGUUGCGUCCGAUGAAGAUUUGAAGUUGUCAGACACGCUCCGUUAUUACAUGAGAGAUUCCAAUGCAGCCAAAAAUUUACUUUAUCGUCGUCGUCGUUGUUUGGCAAAUUACGAAACAGCAAAUAAAAAUUUGGACAAAGCUCGUGCAAAAAAUCGUGAAGUAGGAGCCACUAUGGAGGUGGUGGAUGCGGAGCAAGCACAACAAGAGGCAUGCGAUAAGUUUGAAGCAAUUUCUACAAAGGCAAAAGAAGAGCUGACGGACUUCAAAAACCGACGAGUGGUUGCCUUCCGAAAGAAUUUGAUUGAGGUCACCGAGUUAGAAAUCAAGCAUGCCAAGGCUCAGAUACAAGUGUUAACCGGGGCUUUACAAUCCUUGAAAGAGGAGCUCUGAGAGAGAAAUAAGUGAGCUGAGAGCGGACGAGGGAAAGAGGAAGGAAGGAGGAAAGCAGGAGGGACAGAGAAAAUAUUCAUGAGUCGUCUUUCGAAAUAUUUUACUUUUUCUUAUCCCGCAUAUCAAGUCAGAUUUUCAAUGUUCAAUGUUAUUUAUACAGUCAGUUUAGCUGAGGAGCAAGGAGAAAUGAAUUAUGUAUGAGGUACAAUACUUUCCAUCACCAUUACUUAUCCGGACAUGUAUGUAUUUACUACUCGUUGUAGGUUAGCUCCUACAUAUUAACAACAUUACAAUGCAUCUCUCCCUGCUCCUUAUUGCGACAACCCGAGUUAGAAAAAAACACAAAGUCGGAUCUGAUAUUGAGCAAAUCUGAAUCGCCAUCAAUCUUUUUCUACACAUUUGUAUUUCGUAGCCAUUGUCGUAGACUCAAGGACCCAGACAAAGAUUUGUUACUUUUCAAUUUUAUGAAUAUCCAAGUGUGUGAAGGCGAUUUGUCAUGAAUCAAAAUAUCAAUGUAUCAAGUAAUGGUGCUGCUGCAUGCUUGUCCUAUAUUUAAUACAACUUGUUACAUUGGGGUGUUAUAAGAAAGUUCCAUUAUUUUGUGAGAAAACAUUCCUAUUUACAUGUGUACGUUGCUAAAAAAAUUACAAUGUAAUAAACUCCCAUACGAAUACAUAUACGUAUGUAUUUCUUAUAGUUCUCUGCUACUCUGUUUAAGUUGACAUGUGUACGUAUCAAUGUUCUCCGACUGAAACUAGAAGUGUAGCUUUCUUUAGGUUAUUCCUUGUUUGUAUUCGUAUGUACAAAUGUAUGUAAAAUGUAUGUGUUGUAGUAUUAACUACCAAAUAUACGUCCCACUAAACUGAAUGUUAAUGCGAAUUCAGUUUGCCGUUGCUGACUAAAUAAAUAAAAAAGGUUCCGCAAUGUAAAUGAGAA